CAGCUUUCUCCUUUUCCAACUCCCUGUGCAGACGUCCUUUCAUGCUUCAGGAUGCAUGCAGUGACGUGCCUGUCAGUAUAGGCAUACUGUCCUUGUUCAAAUAUGUUUGUGCACUAAAGAGACUACAAGGAAGCAGCUUGCCAAGGGCAGGCAGCUGCUGUUUCCUACAAAUCUCGACAGUGCGGGGAGACGACUGCAGGAUGCCAUGGGGGAGAAAUGGCUCAGCGGCCCUGUUGCUGCUCACAGGCAAAGCCACUGGGCGGUCCAAGACCAGCAGUGUUGAUAUGGGAGGCAGAGAGGAGGUGGUGGUGAGCAGGCUCGAGACCAGCAUGCCGUUUUCUCGCAACAGAUUCGCUCAUUUUAGGCUCCGUCCAAACCAAAGCCCAAUGUGGGACAAGCGUGGGAAGUUAUCAUCCCGCAAGAAAAAAGCCAGAGAUCCCAGCCCCACCGAGAUGAGCGUGGAGCCCUGGCCCAGCCCGCAGGACCAGGGAGCCGCUAAACACAUACAGAGCACACACACGCAAUCCUCCCAGGAUCAGGAGGAGCACCCCGACAAACUGUGCCUGGACUCAUUCUGGAGUGAGGUCGAGACCAUCAGACAAGGGAGUGGCGACGCAAACCUUGACUGCACCAGGAGGGACUCAAGACAGUCAGAAGAGGGCGAACAAGAGGAGCAGUGGCUCGCUGAUGCUGGUUUAUCUACCCUCAUCAACGAGGACAGUGAGGAUGUAGACAAAGCAGUACUUCUGUCCACUCUGACCCGGACGCAGGCCGAGGCUGUUCAACGUCGACUGGAUUCUUACACGUUGUCCCUCCGCAAAAGGAACAAACCUCCUCCCCGUGACGUCCGUGACAUCUUUGGCUCCCCUAUCUCUCAGACGCUGCUGCCUGAGUCUCAGAAUAGUGAAGACCUUGACCAACACAGUAUGGCAUCAGUUGCCAAAACACCACUUUCAGCUGUGACGCCAGAGCAUCAGCGAGGUGCUCCCAAAGAUGAGUUCUUCAUCACUGACGUGGCUUACUGUGAACAGGCCGUCAUCUUCCUCAAACAAGCCAAACUGCCGCAGAAUAACUAUCAACGCAGGAAAGAGGAUGGCACCCUUCCUCGGAUGAUCUGCCCUAAGUGCCGUUUAGGAGUAACACAUAUUCAAGAUCUCUCCCACACUGACAUGAAGAAGGUGCGUCAGUUGGCUCUGAUUGACAUGACAGCACUGUGUGACCUCUUAGAGCUGGAGGUGAAAAGACACAAAACUGGAAAGAGAAAAAUUCCAGAGAGCACACUUUUUGGGGUGCCGUUGGCCACACUGCUGGAUAAUGAUCAGAAAGUGAAGCCGAACACCUCCACUCCUCUGUUCCUGCAGACAUUGUUGUCGUUUUUGGAGAAGAAAGGAGUUGACUCAGAGGGGAUCUUGCGGGUUCCAGGAUCUCAGUCUAGAAUCAAGCUUCUGCAGCAGAAUUUGGAGACCAACUUCUACUCAGGGCGGAUCAGCUGGGAUGAAGUGAGUCCAAAUGAUGCUGCUGCACUGCUGAAGAAGUUCAUCCGGGAGCUGCCCUCACCUCUGCUCACCUCUGAGUACCUCAACACCUUCAAUGCUGUCAGAGACAUCACAGAUCUGAAGCAGAAACUCCAUAUGUUGAAUCUGCUCAUCCUUCUGCUGCCUGAGCCCAACAGGAACACUCUGAAGGCCCUGCUCGAGUUCCUCAGUAAGGUGGUUUCCAGGGAAAAGAGGAACAGGAUGAAUCUGUGGGCCGUCGCAACCAUCAUGGCUCCCAAUCUUUUCCUGCAUAAGGCUAUCCCCAGCAGACUGACUGACGGGACAGAGAAAGGACAGGCGGAGAAGGCGGCUGAUGUCAUGAGGCUCCUCAUUCGCUACCAGGACCUACUAUGGACGAUCCCUAACUUCCUCAUAAGUCAGGUGCGUAGGCUGAAUGAGAAUAGUAACCGGCGUUACCAGUUCUACGAUCGCCGUAUUAAGAACCUGCUGAGGAAGAUCCACACAGACAGCAGAGAAAAACCUGAGAAAAACAACUCAGAGCUUCAUCGUACCGUGAAAAUCCAGGUUGGAGAUCUGGUUAGUGGCACCAUGGAGUUCCAGCUCAGCAUCAAUUCACGGACCUCAGACCUGCUCGCACAGUUUCACCGCCAGUUCCUCCGCAGCCCUGAAAAUGGAAAAGGCAAAAUGCGAAGAAAUGGCUCUGUGGUGUACCCAGACUGCGCUUUGUACGAAGUGGGAGGAAAUAUCGGUGAGCACUGUCUGGAUCCGGACACACAUCUGCUGGACCUGUACAACAGUAACCCAGGUGGAGAAUGGGUCAUCAAGAUGAAACCCAACGCAGGCAAAGGGCUGUGACGUGAAGCCUCUGGGACAAUAGACGCACAGAUUGAGAAACUACUUUCAGAAGAUGGAUGAAGACAGAUUCUUAAAGAUCAAACUUUUUCAUGUCCAUUUCAUCCUCUGAGCAACAAGCAGUAAGGAGACAGAUGGAGGAAAGGAAACUGAUAUGUGGAAAAUCUGCCUGGAGCAGAGCCUAAAAACUGUCUGUGAUCCGUGAACACACACAGUCCUCUUUCUUUUCCUCUCUGCUUUUCACCCUGUUUCUCUUCAUCUUCAUCUACUCUUCCUCUUUGGACCAUCAUUACUUUCCAGUGUUACUGCAGGGCGGCGUUGGUGCAAGAGCAAAACCGCUUACGUGACUCAUUACUUCCAACAGAGAACCUGCUGCAUAGAAAAGAGGAGAGACACAGACUGGACAGUUUGCUUUUCUCUAAAGCAAUAAUUUCCAACCAAGAGCAAACAGAUGGGGAUGCAGGGCACCUCUGGCUAUACAGACUCCAGUCAUUAACCCAUCCCAAUGCCAGCUUCUGCUCCACAUACACGGCCAAUCUUUGUUGUGUUAUGGGUUUAAUCCAAGAAAAAAAAACAUAAUACUGUUUUUUUUUUGUACAUAUUUUAAGUAAAGUUGGUAUGCACGAAAGCUGUCAGUGAUGAAAGUUUAUCUUUUUUGCCUUUUUUAAUAAAUCUGUAUUAAAAAAAAUCAGGUUGCAGACUGAAAGUGCAGUUAAAGGCUUAUUCACAUAAUUGUAAAUAUGGUCAGAAAAUCCCAAUAUCUGUAUUUCCCCCUUUUACGAAAUGCUGCCAGAAAACAAUCAGCAACUACAGAAAAUACUUUUGAAAGAUGCUGGAGCAGAAGCUAAGCUGGAAACUGAUCAAUCAACGAUCAGUCAGUCAGCCUCUUCAAUCAUGCGUCUUUUUUUUCUGCUGUGAUGUGUCCACGCUGCAGCUUUCUAGACAAAGUAAACAAAGACAGAGGGUCCCUCUCUGUCAGCCUCUGUGCCAUCCAAAGAGGGAAAGAGCCCCUGAUGAACUGAUAUCUUUUUAUCUGUGAAUUCUUUACUCUAAGUAUCUACUUUCUAAUGACUCUGACUCUCACAGAACAGUGCUCAGAGAGCUCAGUUUUGUUUUGUUUUUUUGUUGUUAUUGUUAUGUUGAGACACUAGUGGAUCUUAUCUCUAAAGGGAGCUGAUAAGGAUACAUUGUGAAGCUGGUCUUCAAUUUUCAUUUUUGAACACAUGAAUGGAGGUGAAAGUGCUUACAUGACUCAUGGGGCACACUGAGAUUAGCAUUAUUAUUAUUAUUAUUAUUAUUAUUAUUAUUAUUAUUAUUAUUAUUAUUUAUAUGAAUGUAAUACCAUUGUUGCUUUUGUAGUUGGUGAAUAUUGUAUAUGAUAAAAUAUGAAGUUGCUGCACUCAUUGUAACAGUAUGUUGUGUGAAUUUGACCGUACUCUGUGUGGGAAUGUUUGCAUACAUAUUUCUUGAUGCUCAAACGUGUUUUUUCCAUUUUUUUUUUUUUUUUUUAUGGAUCUCUGUAUUUCCUGUGUAUAUAUGGUUCAGUCAUACACACUGCUGUGAGGAGAAAUAACUGCUGCAGGACUGUCUAUUGUGGUCGCAUUGCUUCUCAAAGCUUUUCCAAACACACACAAGCAACAAAUGAAUGUAUUUAACACUUUGUGCCGAUCAUCAGAUGCGAAUCAUUUGCUCCUUGCAGUUGGAGCCAUGUUGCUGCACCGCGGCCAUUUUGUGGGAAGUGUCUCACACACGUUACUCGAUAGACAGAGUAAUGACAGCGUACCCCGCACCAACAUCUAUCAACACCCUAUGAUCCAUCUCUGUCACCUCCCCAUAAUGGACCAUAAUGGCAGUGCGGUGCAUCAGAAACGCACAGAGGAAUCACAUUUCUCUGAUAAAGCAGAAGGUAAUAAAUGGGUGUGAUCAAUUCUGCGGCCCCAGACCUGCCGACUGCAGUGUGUGUGCAUGUGUGUGAUGAGCUUCAUUACACAUGUCCAAUCGGCCUGUCCCUGGGUCUCAGGCACAGUUCAGUGCCCCGGCACAAAGCGAACUGAUGAGACUGCCUUCUGCUGACAGUAAGGAGAACUAGGUCACCUCUGAAGCAGCUUCCCAGAGGGCAAGUAGCACGAGUUCAGACACCCCAAGGAGCAGAGCACAUGGACAUACUGUCUAAACACAACAUGAUGCACCAUCACCUAUUGUUUGUUCUUGUAUAUGUGAGUGUGUGUGUGUGUGAGGACACUACCUGUGUGAUGGAUAUCGCUGAAACAGUGUUAUAGUUGUAAAUUCUCGGAAACUCUCACUAAAACUGAAAGAUUAACUGGAACAUUUAUGUCCUACUGUGGUGAAAGUAUGGACCACUUAAUGGCGAAGAUUUUAAACGUCAGCCAGCAGACGUCCGAAUGUAUAUUUAUGCCCUUUACACAAGUCAUUGUUUUUAAUACAUUUGUGAAAAUAAUUUUCUGUAGAAAAGGAAGCGUUUGAAAAAUUUUCUCUUUUUGUCAAUAAAUGUGACUCUAAUGC